GCAAAAGGCAGGCUUUGUUGAGAUUGUGGUUCUUUUCCGCGAGUAAACUCCUGCGGGAACUCCCGUAAAAGCUACGGCAAGAUGGGAGUAUUGGGACUGUGGAAACUCAUCGAGCAGGCGGGCAAGCCUGUUCCUUUGGACACAUUGGAAAACAAAGUGUUGGCCGUUGACAUAUCGAUUUGGUUGCAUCAAGUGAUAAAAGGAUUCCAGGAUUCGAAGGGUAGCGCACUUCCGAACGCGCACGUCCUCGGUUUAUUCCACCGGUUGUGCAAGCUGAUGUACUAUCGCAUUAAGCCUAUUUUUGUCUUCGAUGGAGGUGUUCCGGUGCUAAAAAAGCAAACAAUUGCCAAGCGUCAUCAAAGCAAGAACAAUUACCAAAAUGAAGCGGAUCGCAUACAGCAGUUGUUGCUCGAGACGUUGGCCAAAGAAAAGGUGGUUCAGCAAGCCCUCGGAUCGGCGACGAACAUUCUCAUCUCUCCUUCCAAGAAAGCGAUCACAAGCGGAGGGGCUGGCAGCAGCAAACAACCGGGCCAGGAGGAAGAACCGGACGCAAUGUUUAAACUGCCACCACUGAAAGCCCCCGAGGAACCGAUCGAUUUGGAUCGGAGCGAUAGUUCAAUGGACGAAAAGGCUUCCCGCAACUAUUAUCACCUCAACUUGAACGCGAUCGAUGUGACGAGCGUGUACUUCAAGAAUCUUCCCGCCGACGUCCGGCACGAGAUUCUGAACGAUAUCAAAGAAACGCGCAAACAAUCGUCCUGGGGAAGGCUACACGAGCUUCCGGUGGAGAGUAACUCGUUUUCGUCGUUCCAGAUGAACCGACUUCUAAAACGGCGCCAGGUGCAGGUCGAGUUGGAGGAAGCGGAAAAGGAAAUGGGUGGAAAGUGUCUGUCGCUGGUCGAGCUGGAGUCGCUGCUGAACGAGGAAGGCGUUGAAACAUCGUCGAGUCGAGCAGCGCAGCAAAUUGCGUCUGAUGAGAACACACGUUUUCUGCUGGUGCGCGAUGUACAGAAAGCCAUCGAGAAAGCUAAGGCCCGUGAAGAGGAGCAAAAGUUGGCACCAAAACCUCCCAAGCUUGCAAAGUUAGCUCGGGAGGAUGGCGCAGGAACUAGCAGAGCGGAAGCACUCGACGAUGACGACAAGGAAAUGGACGAGGAACUACAGUUGGCGAUAAAAAUGUCGCUCAUGCAGGACGAGAACCCACACGCACUGAUCGAGCUGGACGAUGAUGACAUUCGGAUGUCGCGCACCCAAAAACAGGUGCUCGGAAAUGCGGCCCAAAGCUUGGCCCGCGGGUUUAUGCUUGAGUACGGUGGGCUAACAAGCGAAGAGUUUAAUGAGCUCUUGCACCAAACGCAAGAUGUUGAUGGAGGCGACAUAAAUGAUUCGAUGUCACAAAUGUUCGUACACAACGGAGCGUCUAUUGUUGAGGGACCGGCAAUGUCAUCUUGCGAGAAACCCACCACAUCAAAGCAGAUUGAAGGCGAUGAUAAAUCUUUGGGCAAAGAGAGUGUCGAAGAGGACACUGAAUCUGAUUCAGACUUUAUCGACGUUCCAGAGGAUGAUCUGAACGAUUCAUUGCCGGGAAUUUCCCUUCCGCUGAACAGUACAAACCACUUCAAACCACACUUUAAUCCGAUCGUAGAUUUUACUAUCGACGAUUUAAAGAAGCUGUCGGACGUCUCAACUACUCAGAAGAAGAAGAAGGCUGUGGAGGUGUUUAUAAAGGAGGAAGACAUGGGUGUGUGCGACAAAGAUGAUAUUUUUGCAGACAUUUUUGUGAAAAAGGAAAACAACAUGGAUGUUGAAAAAGAAGGACAAGAAAAAUCAACCUCCGAGCAACUUCCUAUGACCAUCAUUCCGAUAACGGACGGUAAAGGAUCUUUGAGUAAUGUAACAGUGGCAGAAAACGAGCCAAAUGACACACCGAAAGAUCUUUUAACUACAAAACCACCAUCCUUCGGCAUUAAAAUAAAAAAUGUGGAUGAUAUCAACGCGCAGUUAAAAGAGGAGCUGGAAAAUUUGAAGAAAGGCGCACCGGUCAUCGAUCUUGAUAUCGUCUCAAACAAGCCCUGUAUUGUCGUGGAGGAGCGAGAAAAAGCGAGUGCGGAUCUGAAGCGUUUAAGCGAAACACUAAAGCAACAGCUGGAGGAAUUGAAAGCCAGUGCCAAUGCGGUCAAUUUGGAUGAUAUUAAGCUUGAUACGAUCCCGAUCGACAAAGAAAAGUUGACCACAGCAGACAAUGAUUAUGAUAGUGAUGGCACCAUUAUUUAUGACUCCGAAACAGUAGAAGGUCAAAAAACCCCCUGCAAAGAAAUUUCUCCCAAGAAGAAAGCUGGCAUUGAAAAGAAUUCACUUCCUUUAUCAAAAAACGCCGAUGAAGGAUCAGCUAGUGCUCCAGUUCCUGUAAUUGAAAUUCUAGAUAGUCCCGUGAAGAAGGGAACGCUUGAACACUUAGUGAUCGCAAGAACACCCGGAAAGGAUACGAAGGCCGAUCAACCGGACGAGGUUGUACCCCACGUAACGAAACCUUUCUUCGUCAACAAAACACCUCCAUCAUCGGGAAAGAAAAAUGUAUCCGCUAAGGAUGGCGCUGUUGUGAAUGAAAGUGUUCCGGUGGAGAAAUCAGGUAGCGGUGUAGCCAAAGAGUUGUUUCCCAGUAUUGACAGUGAACCAGUUCCGUCUACCAGUAAGCAAUCGGCCCCUGCAGAACCGAAACCGGUCAAUGCGGAACAUUUGAUCACCGAGAUGGCGGACACGUUGAAGGAAUCACGUACCCCGUUGGAGCUGAAACAGAUGGCCCUCGAUCUGGCCCAAACCGAGCGAGAGCUGGAGCGUGAGAAGAACAAACAGAACCGUCUCGGGGUGUCCAUCACCGAGCAGAUGCGAAACGAUUGCAUGGAGCUGCUGUCGCUUUUCGGUGUCCCGUACAUCGUGGCGCCAAUGGAGGCGGAAGCGCAGUGUGCGUUUUUGAACCAGAUCGAGAUGACCGAUGGGACGAUCACGGACGAUAGUGAUAUUUGGCUGUUCGGUGGCCAGAAGGUGUACAAGAACUUUUUCAACCAGCAAAAGUUGGUGCAAGAGUUUACGAUCGAGGCGAUCGAACAGAUGUUCCACAUGGAUCGGAAUAAGUUGAUUCAGCUGGCGCUCCUGGUGGGCAGUGAUUAUACGACCGGUAUCCAUGGGAUCGGUGCGGUGACGGCAUUGGAGAUACUGGCCUCGUUUCCGCCGACCCCCGAGCAGGCGGGUGAAACAUCCGAAAUGAUGUCGUUACUGUCCGGUUUGCGCCGAUUUCGCGAUUGGUGGCAGCAUGGACGGAAUGGGGCGACAGUUGGCGCACGGAUGGCGCUAAAGUCGAAGCUGAAAAAUAUCGACAUUCACGAGGGCUUUCCGAGUACGGGGGUGGUCGAGGCGUACCUGAGGCCGACAGUCGAUUGCAGCGAGGAACAGUUCACCUGGGGUUACCCGGAUGCGGAUCGGCUGCGUGACUAUGCGCGGCAAAAGUUUGGCUGGACACAGUCGAAAACGAACGAUAUUCUGCUGCCGGUACUUAAGCGACUAGACGAGCGGAAGUCGCAGGCAUCGAUAAAGGACUUUUUCAAGGUCCAGAGUGCCGUCGCUCAGAGCCGGCUGAAGGUGAGCAAGCGAGUGCAGUACGCGGUCGAUACGAUGGCGGGAAAGGUCGAUCCGGCCGAGGAUAAACCGAAGCAGAAGAAAGGAGCAAGUCCUCGCAAGGCCAAGCAGGCGGCUGGUCCAGCAACGAGGAGGAAACAGAAAGCAUCGUCCUCCGCUGCCGAAUCGGUUGAAUCGAUUGAUCUGGAUACUAUUGAUGAGGGCGAUGAGGAUGCUGGAGAAGAAAAGAAAUCAACAAAGAAAAACGACGACGAUGAUUUUGUCGUACCAAAAGCAACUGGAAGGAGAAAGGGCGCUACAGGGAAUACAAAUGCUGCAACCGCAAAUGGUAAACCUAAAAGGGGUGGUAAAAAAUCCGAUCCGAAAUCAACGGAUGCAAACGACAUUGAAGGACCCAGUGCAACACCUGGCCAUUCGCUGGCGAAUAUUGGGGGAAUCAUUGCUAACAUCAACCAGCAAUCGGCCGAUAGUUUGCUGGAGGAACCGGCGACCCGUGGGCGAAAGAAGCGGUUGGAAAAUAAGAUACCCGAUUUUAACCCACCGAUCCCGCAGCGCGUGAAGGAUGAGCAGGAGAUGGCGGAACGAAAGCAGCGUGCAGCGGCAUUGUUCAAGAAGGUAAAUGCAAGGAAGUCGAGUUAAAUGUUUUAUUGUUGCUUCGCACAAACUGUUUAUGAACAUCGUUUAUCUAUUGUGCUUUUAAUUUGUUUCUUAUCGAUUUAAUCGUAUUCCCAUAACUUUCAUUACCAACUAUGCAUUUGAAUUGUUUCAAGUGUUCACAAUAAAUUACGU